AUAAUAAUAAUAAUAAUAAUAAUAAUAAUAAUAAUGUCCUAAUGAAUAAAUAUUUUGAAAUAAUUUCAGCGCUAAUAUGGAAAUGUGUUACACAUAUUAGGGGGAAUGUUGGACCUAAGGCUGUGACAAUAUGUACAAAAAGUUGUAAUGGUUCCAAACGUGGAGAAAAUGAUAUCCCCACCAAUAAUAAUGGUUUGGUGUUGAGCAAAAUUGAACCUUAUUUGGCAUCUGGGCAAUCUGAUAUUUCAGAAUUGGCUAGGAUCAUUGCGGAGAAAAAGAUGGUUGAGAACCAUAUAUUGAAAAAGUUGGUGGAAAAAGUUGAAGGGAAGUAUGGUGCAAACUUGACAUUUGUGGAUUUGGAAGAAGCUGAUUUGUUUGGGGUGAAGCUGAAUGGGCACAAACCAAUUGUGGCAAAUUGUAGCUUCCGUGGAGUAGGUGAUCAAGGGGUAGUUUUGGUAUUUCCAUCCCCAUCAAAAGAGGAUAGUGAAGAUGGUGGUAAUAAUGGAAGGAUUGUAACCGUUUCCCUCCCUGUGAAAGAACUCUACCAGCUGAAAAAUAAGCUAGGAGCAGAAUGGGGUAUUGUUUGAGAUAAUUAAGACACUAGUUCAUGUUAGUUAUAUUUUGAUAUUCCAAAAGGGUAACUGGGUUUAUGUUUACGUGGAUUGUUUUUCAUAUAUUUUCCAGCUAGUAUUCCAUUAUCAUCCUUAACUCCUUAUUAUCUCUGCCAGCAAUAAAAAGCAUAUAUCAUGCAUGUAAUUGUUUCCAUAUGUUUUAAUACUUGUAUUACUUUGUUUA